AUGAGUAGUAAGAAAAAAAUUGCCGAAGAGGAAGAGGACUAUGCCGAAGAAGAAGAGAUAAUUAUAAUCGUUGAAGAAGAGGAGGAAGAAGAGGAAAAUCCAAAAGAAUCAACACAAGCUAAAAAAGAACCGAAACAGAUCAUAAUCGUCGAAGAGGAAGAAGAAGAGGAAGAGGAGGAAAUAGUCGAGAUUAUUGUUGUUGAAGAGGAAGAAGAGGAACCAGAAAAACCAGUACAAAAACCAAUUCCUCAAAAUCCUCCCAAAGAAUUACAAAAACCAAAAGAAAAUACUACAAAUAAAGCUCCUGUAGUAAGCAAACCCGAUACAAAAGUAGUUCAGCCAACAACUUCUCAGAAAAAUAAUCAAGAUGAUGAAGAAGAGGAUUAUGAGGAGGAAGAAGAAAUUAUCGAAAUCGUGAUAAUAGAAGAGGAAGAAGAGGAACCAGAGCCAGAACCAAAACCAAAACCUGUACAAAAUACCAUUAAAAAUACUCCAAAACCAGUAGUAGCUGCUCCACAAAAACCUGCAGUUGCUGCACCACCUAAACAACAACCAGCUUCUGCGCCACAAAAACUACCUUCAAAACGUGUUCCAGCAAAACAGGUUGAUGAAGAAGAAGAAUACGAAGAAGAGGAAGAAAUUAUUAUUGUUAUUGAAGAAGAGGAGGAGGAAAAUGAAUAG